GAUCACUUCCGUAUUGGCGGCAUGGAAACGUUAUGGCGUAUAAAAAAAAUAAUCAAGGGGAUUUUCGUGAGUAAUUUACCUGAGUAAGGCAUGAAGGCGCUUCCACCAGACACCGUGCGACUGCUGUCCAGCUCGCAGGUCAUCACGUCUGUCGUUAACGUCGUGAAGGAGCUGAUCGAGAACUCGCUUGAUGCUGGAGCCUCAAGCCUAGAAAUCAAAUUGGAGAAUUAUGGUUUGGAUCGUAUCGAGGUGCGAGACAACGGCUCCGGAAUCAAGGCUGCUGACGCUCCCGUGAUGGCGGUGAAACAUUACACGUCUAAAAUCUCCCGCCACGAAGAUCUGGAGCGUCUCGAGACGUACGGCUUUAGAGGAGAAGCCCUCGGAUCCAUAUGCGCCGUUUCUGAGGUCGUUAUCACCACCAAAACCGCCGACGAUGACGUCAGCACUCAGUACACGCUCGACUUCAAGGGGUGUGUGGUCUCGCAGCGGCCCUCGCACCUCGGCCAAGGAACCACCGUGUGUGCGCUGAAACUGUUCAAGAACCUCCCAGUCAGGAGACAGUAUUACUCCACCAGCAAGAAGUGCAAAGACGAGCUGAAGAAGGUGCAAGAUCUGCUCAUGACUUAUGCCAUCAUCAAGCCUGAGCUGAGGAUCGUGUUCACACACAAUAAGGCCGUGGUGUGGCAGAAGUCCAAGGUAUCGGAUCACGGCGCGGCUCUCAUGGCCGUGCUCGGAUCCUCCACCGCCGGGAACCUGUUACUCGUCCGACAUCGCCACGAGCAAGAAGAGAUUAGCGUCGAGGGAUACUUUCCUAAGCCGAACUCCGAUCUCAACGUGACGAGUUCCAGUACCUCAGACAAGACGUUUAUUUACGUGAACAAUCGGCCUGUCAAUCACAAAGAUAUUCUGAAGCUCGUGAAGCAGUACUAUGCAAAUUCAGCUCAUUCGAAUAACGAGUCGGCUAGCCGCCGCUUCCCUAUCCUGAUGCUGAACAUCAUCGUCCCUGCCUCGAGCGUGGAUGUUAAUCUGACGCCUGACAAGUUGCAAGUGAUGCUACAGAACAAGGAUGCUGUGCUUUUAGCAGUAGAAUCUCUACUGAUCUCGUUGUAUGGUUCUUAUUCUGUCGGGAAUGACGACCAAUCGACGGCAGAACAGUCUCAUCCUGUGGUGGAAAUUAGGAAGGAACCCAAUGAAGUGCCUGAAAAAGGCGCACCACAGCCUAGCGUGGUUGCUCCACCUAUGGUGCCAGACAAUUCCACCACAAACACCAAAGAAAAGGACAGCGACGCGUCCUUGCCAGGUACCGCUAACACAAGCUCGUCUUCCUCAUCGGAGGACUGGAUAAUCAACACGAGCUUGAGCGAUUCGUCGUUUGCCGAGAACGUCGUGUUGAAUUCUACGGUUGACGCAGAUGACAAACAUGAGAGCUGUCUUGUGCAAGUGGACAAAGAGAUCUCGGCAGAGAGUUGGGCCACGGGUAAGGCUUUCACAGAUCCCACCACUGGAGAAUGCCUCGAACCUGUGAAGCUCCAUCAACCUGAUGCUCAAAAAGAUGGUGACCUUGCACCGGAAACCAAAACUAAAAGUAGCAGCCCAUGCACAAGACCCACAAAUGUCAUCGUGGAGAAAAUGGCCAAAUUAACGGCCUACGACCUGAUCAGCAGCCGCUCCGUGCGUCAGCCGCUUUCCGCCUUCGCGCUGUUUGAGCAGGACACCAGAUCAUCUGUCCUGCUGGAGAAGCCACGAGCCAGUCUGCAGGAUGUCACUGCUGCUGUAAAAGAGAGAUGGGAAAGCCUCGGGGAGGAAGAAAGAAAGAAGUAUGAGGAAAAGGCCCAAAAGUCUUUGGAGUCCUACAGCGAGCAGAAGAAGCACGCGUCGGCCGGCGUCACUCCUGACCAUCAGCAUCAGAAAGCCGAUUACUUUCUGAACAGACCCCAGGGAGUGAAACGCAAAGCCCCCGAGUCCAAUCAGCAGACCCUGGACAAACUCUUCACCUCUCAGCCCGAGAGCAAGAAGAAACCGACCGAGGUGUCCAAGCCUCUCCAGUUCAGCAUGGCUGCCCUCAGGCGUGCACUUCAGCCCGAGCAUCGCUCCCGCUCGAGUGAGCAGGGCCUCCGGCUUGUAAACCGCUUGCCUUCUCACUGCGCCUGGGUCGUUUUAUGUGGCAGAAAGCUCAUGUUGUUAAAUCCAUUUAGAGUGGAGGAAGCCCUGCUGUUUAAGAGACUUCUGGAGAAUAAUAUUCUUCCAGCAGCGAGCCUACAGCCCCCUAUACAGCUAACAGAUGGUGUUCUUGGUGGUCCUGAAUACAUGGACGUCCUUAUGAAUAUGGAGAAAGGCAGUCCGUCUUUAACCGGUGAAGUCGUCUUUACUGACGCCAGGCUGGUGGCCAAUGGAUUUCAGAUCAGACUUACUCCAGGUUCCACGUCCGUGGGGACGGGUGUUGAAGUGACGGCUAUGGCCGACUGCAUGCCUUUCUACGGCAUAGCUGACCUGAGGGAGAUCCUAACGGCCGUGAAGGACAGGAAUGCCCAGACGGUUCAGCAGUGCAGACCUCUCAAAGUCACAAACUACCUAGAGGGGGAAGCUGUGCGGAUGACCAGACAGUUACCUCUGAACAUGUCCAGAGACGACGUCACGAACAUACUGUCUCGGAUGACGCAAGAGUUCGGAGGGAAGCGCGAAGUCUGUCUUCACGGACGGCCAUUUUUUCACCACCUCACCGAUGUUCCCGAAACAGACCAGGAAGCUCUUGACAUCUUGUCUAGCACGUGCUGAGUAUUUCAGGAAUUUUCCAAUCAGAUGUUACACUCAAGCCGCAGCGGGCUGAGCUCUGGUUGAUUUCAGUAUAACUGCAUAUGGGUUUGUUUUCUUUUCUUCAGUAUCAUGUUCUGUAAUACUUUUUGUUUAUGUUACUAAUGAUACUGUCAAUGUGGUAUUAAAUAAUUAAAAUGUACGUUAAUAAAAACAAAUCAACUGCAUAAAAGAAGAAGAAAUAUGUUCAUUCAUUUGUCAUAAGGAACGGAAGAAUAUGAGAUAGAAAUUGGGGUGUAUAUGGAAUAUAUUACACUUAUGUACUGUAAUAUAACCUUCUAACAAAUAAUACGGGUGUCAGAAUUACAUUUUAAAACUACAGGGUUCUCUUGGUUCUUACCUUGUGACUCGGUACUUUCGUACUCCGCUUUGUUCUUCGAUCAUGAUGAUAUAUACUGUACAGAACGACCUUCCUGUUCUCGGAAAACCCUUGGCCUCUCCUGAGAAACACGGCAGAUGGAUGCGUCCUGACGUAGUUCAGGAUUCCUCGGCUGACGUGAUGUGGUGAGGGUCUUGCUUGUUCUUGGAAAAAUCCUGCUGUAGCUUUGUCUACUUCCGGAUAAUAUUCUGCGGUCCCGAUCGAGGUCGGAAGUUCAUUCCACGACCGAGGGACGGUUAGUGUGAAGGUUCUGGAAAGGGCCCUUGAAGCCACGCUUGUUGUCAAUGCGUAUAGGAUGUAUGAACAUCAGACAUUCAAAUGUUUGUGAUAUUUUAUUAUUUGAUUAUUAAUUGUCCAUUAAUGAGACCUGAUAUUUAAAUAACUGGCCUUUUUUUUGCCCUUGCACGCUUGACAAGCUUUCUCUACCUAAAGAAAGAGACGAAAGCAGCAGCGCUUCAGUCUUUAAGUUCGUGCAGCGUUCUCAGCUUUUUCAUCCGUACGCCCUGCUCGAACAGAUCGGCUUCCGAAGCUGAAACUUUCACGCUAAUAACACGCCAUCUUCCUCAUCACGACAGAGAUCGGUGAACUAGCCAAGCCAAGUCUCUGGCAUGAACCUACGUUGUAUCCUGGGACUUUGAGUCCAACAUGUGCACCGAAGAUUCCAGUACUUCUACACCGGAUUUCUCGAUAUUAGGACGUAGAACGGCGCUGGAAAAUGACGUUUUUAGGGGCUCGCGUUGCACACCAUUGUAACUGCCCCCGUGACAUCAGUGUGAAAACGUCUCAGUUCUCAUAUAGGAAUAACAAAAAUACUGCACCAUCCAGUGACUCGCUAAGGACGUCGAUAUUCUUGAGGGUGGAGGUUUACUUUAGACGGAGGUUAUUGUUUACUGACUAGACCAGGGGUGUCCAAUCUUAUCCGCAAAGGGCCGGUGUGGGUGCAGGGUUUCAUUCCAACCCAGCAGGAGCCAAAAGGCACAUCCAAGGAUUGACUGGGACGAUACCUUGCUUGAAGAUUGGCACACGUGUGAAUACUCAUGUGCUUGUUGAACGUCCUGUUCCAGAUUUAUUCCCCCUGGGUUUGCUGUGUUUGCUCUAUUCUUCUGGAAAGGCUUUCCAUUAGAUUUUGGGGCGUGGCUGUGGGGAUUUGUGAUCAUUCUGCUACAAGAGCGUUAGUGACGUUGAGGUCAGACGCUGAUGUUGGGAUGGUGUGGAGGCUCCGGUUCCAGUUCAUCCCAAAGGUGGGAUUUGCCUGCGGGGUUGAGGUCACGGCUCUGCAGGUCACUCGAGUUCUUCCACCUUCUUCCAGCCUUCACACAGCAUGUCUUCAUGGCGCUCGCUUUGUUGGAACAGGUUUGCGCUUCUUAGUUCCAAAGCCAUAAAAUCCCCCAUUCAAAGGGAAUAUGGACGUUUAGGAGCAAUUCUUUGUGUGUAGCCAUGCACAAGCAUUUCAGAAUAUCUAGGAUUCAUGUAGAAUGUCCAUCGCGUACAGUUGUGCACACUCACGUGUGAGAAAUAACAACAGUGAGUUGCAAUUCUAACGCACAGAGUUAGAACUCGCUCCAAGUACACGUAGACAAAUGAGACUCCUGGACUUGUUAAUUGGGCACCAGCACGUCAAGUGCUGGCACAGCAAUCUAAAGGCCCGCUUGCAGCCGUCUUCCGUGUACGUGCGUUUUUAUUUUAAGCAUGUACGCGCUUCAUCAGGACAUGUCAACAACCCACAAAUUGAAGUGCAAUUCGAUGAGUGUUUGACAGAGCGGUUAAAUAUAAAACGAUGAAUUUACAGCAUCCAUAGAGGACUCAAUCGCGUUACGCUGCUUUGCUGGAUCAGGUGUAGAAUCCUGUGUUUCCUCAAGGGAGAAAGAGAAGGUCGUGUCCUAGUAUGGGAAUGAAGUGCGAUGCAUAGUUAUGAUGACGAGGAUAGGAGUGUUGAAUAAAGGCAAAUGUCAAAGGUGAUCAAAGAAAGUCUCGAUAUUAAUGACUAUUACAGUCAUAUAAUGAUAUUGUAAUAAUAACGGAACCUGCACCAUUAUAGCUACCAUUUCCUGCUUAUAUCUUGCUCCUAUUUCAUGUAACAGAUUUCCUCAUUUGAAUACUUCAUCAUCAUCAUCAUCAUCAUGAGGUUGGUGUGCCUUUGGAUUUUCUUCUCGGUCGUCAUUAACGAACCUGAAAUAACAGCAGAUUAAUGUAACAGACACCAUUUUAUUUUGGACUUGACAAGCUUGUUAAACGAAUAAAAUUACCAUACACGGUUUGCCAUUCAUGCUAAAGGCAACGGAGCAUGAACCCUAUAAAAUUUAUAUGAAAACUAAGACUGUGCGCUCAUUAAAUAUCUUUCCUCAAGUUAAUAUGAUUCUGCAUUUUAUCUGGUACACAUAGACGUCCGUAUGUGUCUUAAACCUCACACGUUCUCAUCAGCUCUACAUAGUCCAGUUUGCUAACUUUUUUUUUAAGGACAUUUGAGUGACAGCUGGUAAAGUGAAUCCAGCAUGACCUUUUUAACUGAGUGGUCACAUGCUCCGAAAAUGAUCGUCAGCUAAGCCCAGCUAAUCACCCUGAUAUUCCCUUGGUGCCAAAUGCAGUACGCCCAUUUUGCUGUUCUGGCUGGUCUCGGAUUGCCUAGCACAUGCGUGCUCCAAGAUUUAAUUGAAGUCUCAAACAAGGGUCAGAGAGAAAUGGGCCUGUUUUCCUCAAUGCCUUCCUCUACCCUUACUCCCCCUUUAUAGAAUCAGUUCCCCUGUAGCUAUGCGAGAGCAAGCACCGGAGCUUCGGUGUGGGGCCGCGAAAGUUUAGACGUGUGUUGCGGUUUGACCUUUCACUGUGCUAAGUGUAAUAUUAUCAUAAGAGUAGCUAUUGUGUUUCCUUUCUUGGGGAUAAUCACAUUCACCUUAGCUCUUGACAGAGGUCUCUCUAUGUAGGAUCGGAACCAUGUAUACUAAACUCAUUAAUAAUUUGUAGUAUAAAGGCGCGUCAUCGAUAUUUACAGCGGACGACCUCCUUCAGACACGGGAACACGAGAACUCCCCGAGUCACGGUUGUGCCAUAUUCUUUUCACGUUUCAUUUGGGAUAUUAUUUAUUUAUUUUUUUCUAGCCAAACCGUUUUUCCAGAACGUUGUCCCUGACGUGUUUCGAUAGCGCCUUGGUCUUCACAAUGCUGUUUCUUCUUUAGGUAAGAAUAUAUAUAAUCCCAAUCUCAGUUGUAGGUUGUAACACCAUCUAAUGUGGAAAAGUACAAGAGGGCGAAUACUUACGCAAAACACUGUAUAUUCUACAAUUAUGCACCAAGUUGCAAAUUCUGUAUAUACUGUAGAUCUAAACUGGCAACUCCUCAUUGGGCGAAAACUUUCCCAAGAUCAGACACGUCACACAUCAUUCAGCAGACGUAUUACAAUGUGAAACCCCGGCUUGAAUGAAUGGCACGAGUCACCCUUUAAAAAGCAGUCUCCCUGAGUCAGGAAAUUAGCAUUGCCUCACAGCUUUCGGGGAGGCCGUCAGAUUCCCGGGACAGCUCUUCUACAGCCGGGGGACGGAGGUUACGAGCUGCUGUAACACUUUACACAGGUGUCCAUACAGCUACUGUAGAUGAAAAGCAGGGCUACAUUUGGUGUUAUGAUUCGUUAUGACCCAUGAUUCGUUUGUGUCGCUGUGAUUGACAAGGGACAGUGAUCAUGCCCCUCCCACACACAACUAGUUUUGCUGUCUUGGACAUCAUAGGGAUUUAAACUCCUGAUCUCUGGAUGAUUGGACGAAUGCUUUCUGUAGAAUCACUUGGGAGCCAUUUCAGUGUUUUUUUUUUGUUGUUUUUUUUUUGUCUAAAAAACAUUUUAAAUGCAAAAUGGUCAGUUGGUGGUGUAUUUUCUUUAUUAACGUUACAAGUUCACAUUACAACGCACCGGUGUACUAACAAGCAGACACGGAACAGGUCAGCCAAGGAAAAGAGCAGUAGCUGAUGGCAGAAUCAUUGUGAGAGCAAAAAACAACAGUCCGUGACAUCACCAAGAACCUCCACAGGGCAGGGUGAAGGUAUCACAAUCCACCGUUCGAAGAAGACUUCGAGAGCAGAAAUAUCGAGGCCGUACCACAAGAUGUAAACCACUCAUCAGCAGAAAGAAUCAGAAAGCCAGCUUGGAAUUCACAAAGAAAUACAGAGACGAUCCACAAAAGUUCUGGAACCAAGAUGAACCUCUACCAAAGUGAUGGAAAGACCAAAGUGUGGAGAAAGAAAGGAUCUGCUGAUGAUCCAGAACAUACAAGCUCAUCUGUGAAACAUGGUGGAGGUAGCGUCAUGGCUUGGGCUUAAAUGAUGAUGGAACUCAUGAUGGUAGCAACAGAACGAAUUCAGAAGUUUACAGGAACAUUCUGUCUGAUAAUUUACAGAGAAAUGCAUCAAAUGAAUCAGGAGGAACUUCAUCAUGCAGAAGACAACGAUCCAAAACACACUGAGAACUCAACACAGGACUUCAUCGGGGGAAAAGUGGAAGGUUUUAGACUGGACGAGUCAAUCACCAGACCUUCACCCAACUGAUCAGCAUCUCACCUCCUGAAGAGGAGACUGAAGGGAGAAACCCCCCGAAACAAACAACUACUGAAAGAAGCUGCAGGAAAAAUCAGGGGAAAACAUCCCAAAAGAAAAAUACAACCGUUUGGUGGUGUCAGUGAGUCGCAGGAUUGAUGCAGUUAUUGCAAGCAAGGGAUACGCGACCAAAUAUUAAGUGUUAUUUACUUUAAGAAUGUCUGUUCCAAUACUUUUGCUCACC